GAUUUUUGUGCUAAUCAGCAGGCCAGGCAGCAGCUGUGAAUUUUCAGCCGUUGCAGUAGCUCAUUCUUUUAUUGCCUGUGCGAUUCAUUGGUAAUGCUCAAGAUGUCGCAAAUUGAAAAUAUAGUAAAUGCCUACAAGACCUUGUCAAAGAUCCCCUCCAUCAUAGGGGGGAAGCUGAACAACAAUGGAACCAAAGUGUCGUCCAAGUGGUCGGUGAGGAACCUGGACAAGGCUAAGACCACCAAGUAUAUGUGUGACUACGUUCUCGAUGAUAACUUGAGAGUAGUCACUGAGAGCGAUUUUGGUGUGGAUGUUAGCAAUGAACUUCUAUCAUCCGUGUCGCCACAAGAGAAGCUCAAAGCGGUCAUCAGAGAGGAGAAAGAUAGCAAAGAUGUGAAGAAGCAAUACCUGGAGAUAUGGUCCAAGUCCACUCUUGCGCAUGCCGUGGAUCUGACGGCUUUGGACAUCCAUGGCGAUGUUUAUGCUGACGGGGAAUUUGGAAACCUGGAUUGGUCUCAAGACGAGAGCUCGGUAGUGUAUGUAGCCGAGAAAAAGGUGAAGAAAUCUGAGCCGUACAUUAAGAGGAAAGGAGAGGAGAAGAAUAAACCCGAUGGCAGCGGCGAAGCAUUACCUAAGAAGGGCGAGGAGUUCGUAUACAAACAGGACUGGGGCGAGCAACUAGUAGGCAAAGUGCUAUCAGUGGUGGUGGUGUGUCGCAUAGACACCGAGAGUUUCACCGUGCUAGAGGGGCUGCCCGAGACAUUGUGCCCCGGACAGGUGCGUUUCGCUCCGGAUGGUAAAAGUGUGGUGGGCGUCGCGUGGGAGACAGAGCCCCGCCGACUGGGACUCAUCUUCUGCACCAACCGACCUUCAUUCAUCUUCCAACUCACGAUGGACGGCGCUUUCAAAAAGUUAUCCUUAGACGGAAUGUCAGUGCGCUCCCCACGUCUCACUCCUGACGGCCACUUGGUGUGGCUGCAACGCGCGGCUGACGGGCCGCACCACACCUGCCACGCACUCGUUAUCAAGAAGAAGGACUCUACAGAAGUGACUCCAAUAGUAGACAUUGUGCAAACGGAAACCAAGAUAGAGGGAGGGGAGAGUUUCUUCGGCAUGUACAGUCAAAACCUGCCGAGAAAGUGCUUCAGUGUCGACGGCAAGCGACUGAUGUUCAGCACACCGCAGCAGAACGAAGUCAAGAGCUACGCCGUUCACAUUGAGAGUGGCAAGAUAGUGGACAUAUCAAACAAGAUCAGGCCACAGAGCACCAGUAUACUGGACGUGAGGAAUGACGUCAUACUUGCGGUCUGCUCCAACAUGAUGACUCCUGGACAGCUGUAUGUAGCGCGCCUCCCAGCGGCCGGCAAGGAGGCGGAAAUCAGCUGGGUGCGCCUUAGCAAGCCCAUAGACGUGCCUGCCGCGGUCAGCAGCUCUACCGUGCAGUAUCUGCAGUUGCAGCAUGACUCCACUGAUACAGUCAAAUCGUUGACGGCGCUAUACAUGUCUCCUAACGCGGAGGGCUCCAAGUUGCCGCUGGUGGUGUGGCCUCACGGCGGACCGCACUCCAGUUUCAUCAACGGGUACUCGCUUGAAGCAGCACUCUUUGCCAUGCUAGGUUUCGCCUCUGUCAGAGUGAACUAUCGAGGUUCGACGGGUGCGGGCGACGCGAGCGUUCGUUGCCUCAUCGCUCACGUCGGCGACUAUGACGUCAGCGACUGCCUUCUCGCUCUAUCCACCGCGUUAGAGAGAGACAAAAGACACGAAGGGAAUGUUCUCCUAUACGGGGGUAGCUUCGGAGGGUUUACUGUCGCACAUUUGGCGGGAAGAUAUCCUGAUAUGUUCAAAGCUAUGGUGAUGCGGAAUCCGUUGAUAGAUCUCGCUACUAAGGGUCAUUAUGCUGAUAAUUCUGACGGGUGCGCAGUAGAAGCUGGUUUCGAGUUCACAGAGCGAGGGCCGGUGUCUGAGGAGCAAUUGCUGGCCAUGCGGCGGUGCUCGCCGCUUGCCCACGUGCAUAAAGUCAAGGCACCCACUUGCCUGAUGCUUGGCUCCGGGGACAAAAGGGUCCCGCAUUAUCAGGGAUUGGAGUACGCUCGGAGGUUGAAGGCUAAUGGAGUCAAGACGAGAAUCUACAUGUACGAUGACAACCACUCGCUAUCUACCCUGCCGGCAGAGAUGGACAACCUCAUCAACGGCGCCAACUGGUUCCUAGAGAACCUCGGUUCUUGAUCUUACAACCUACGUGCAACCAUUACCAAAUCUGUUCUAUAACCAGUUACGGUAAAUAGUGAAGAAAAUUAUUUUCCGUAACUGGUUACGAACGCGGUUAACGGGUUUCCAAUUUAGUACAGAAUCAAAGGCUAUUUUUUUUUUGUAUUU